AUGGAGCCCGAGGGACCCGAGAGUGAGAAGGAGCCUGUUGUUAGGCGUGCGCGGUCUCCCUGCUCCAAUUGCCGCAGCUCCCAAAUCAUCUGCCGCUCAACUGGUGCUGGUCAGAAGCCCCCAGAGCCAAAGAAACGCGUCCUUAUCUCGAGCCAGUAUGAGAGAAAGAUUGACCUCAUCGAAGAACGUCUGGGCAACAUCGAGCGUACCCUUUUGGAACUCAGGGCGCACGCCAAGGGCCCUUCGGAGCAAUGCCAUCAUUCUACUCCACUGUCAAGCCAGCUGAGUCCAGCUACUACGACCAAUUAUACUAGUGCUGCUGCAACUCUGGAUCAGCACGAGUCUACUCCUGCUUUUGAGGGCAAUUCCUCUCUCGCUGCCCAUUCUGCUUACGCCAAAGAAUUUCUAGAGACGAUCGUCUCCCGCAAUACACUCCAGAUGUCGACUCCCAAAAUAAGCACCGCACUGGCCUCCUUGAAGCAGAUCGUUGAUAUGCAGGACCACCAGGCACAAUCUCCCUCCCGCCAAGCUCGAAAAUUGCGAGAGCUUACCAUGCCUCCAGCGCCGAUUGUUCUGGCACUUUUGCGCAAAUGUCAAGAGCAACCGAGUAUCCUGCAAGCAUACCUGCCUUUCCUGUCGCCCCGACGGCUAGUUGAGAAAUGCCGCCAGAUUUACUUCUCCACGGAGGAAUACUCCGAUGCUACUUUUAUUAUAGUUAACGGCGCUCUUCUCUAUCUAAUCAGCGACGUCGUCGCUAUCACAAAGGAUUCACAGACUAGAGAGGAGUACGAUAAAUACCUGAAGCUGUGUCUGGUCAACCUUGAAACUGCUUUGGGGAGCUUGAGCCUUCUGAUGCCUGCGAAUGAUGAAAAUAUCGAAGCACUCGCACUAGGAGCCGUCUACGCAAUCGAGAUGUCUAAGCCGUCGUUCGCAAUGACGUUAACUUCAGCGGCCUUCCGCUUAUGCCAAACACUUGGAUACCAUCGAUCAAAUCCUUCAGAUAGCGGCAGUAAGCCCUCUCUUGGAAAUACACUAUUCUGGACGGUCUACGUUUUGGACAAGGCGGUUUCCCUGCGUCUGGGACGCGCGUCAACCAUACAGGAUUACGACGUCACCUCUCUAGUAAACAUCGAUACGACCGGGCUAGAUGAGCCAUUCGACAAAAUAUACUUGCUGUGGGUCCGAUUUGCGACUAUACAGGGAAAAGUGUACGAAUUACUUUACAGCCCUGCAGCUUUGGCGCGGCCGGAAAGUGAGCGGGUCGCUCAUGCUCGCCAGCUGGCCUCUGAGAUGCAGCAAGUGGUUAUGGAGCCAUUCGAGGGUAUUCAUUUCGAUAAACAACGAUCCCAAGUCGAUCAGAUCUUCUUCAAAGCAGACAAGGUCGCCCGCUUGUCGGUUCAAACGUUGAUAUACCGCGCCAUUCCUCCGCAAGGCACACAGGGCACAUUCAUCCACGAAUGCAUACAAACGGCCAGAUCCGCUCUCGAAGUGCAUCAGGACUGUAUGGCAGAAGUAAAGGAGAUGACAGAGCAUAUCAAGGCCGCGUACUUCCACUGGACCAUUCUCUAUGCACCUUUUGUUCCAUUUAUAGUGAUCUUCUGCCACGCGAUUGCUUUGUCAUCCUGGGAUGAUCUCGCCCGACUUGAAGACUUUGUUGCUUCCCUGCAGCCCAACUGUUUUCUCUCGGAAGCUAUUUCAAAGUUGUAUCAGCUAUGCCAUGUUCUCAGCAAUGUGGCUAGACUGUACAUUGAGGCGAAAGAACAAGUGCAGGUCAAGGACGAUCAAGACCUGGCAUCUGUCGGUCAGGAAUUUGAUGUAUAUCUCAGUGCGCUUGGGUUAGCACCUAUGGCGGCGGACGAGAAUUAUGGCGCGUGGGCAUCCGCAUCUGUUCCUGCUGGGUCAGCGCCCGGAGAUGCACGAGGCGCGAUGGAAGGCCAAUAUUCUGGACCAAUACCUCAGACCAGCCAACUGGGGAACUGGUUCUCGGGAAACCAGCACAUGAUGGGCCUGUUAGAAGAGGAUAUUUCUCUAUUUGAUCCUUCUUCUUGGACUUAA